AUGAAGUCCAUUCUUGUCCUUCUCCCUAUUAUCACGCUCGCCGUGGCCCAAAACCUUGACUCAUGCUCUGGCAACGUGAAAUGCUGCGCGGAGGUAACGCCAUACUCGGCAUUGCCGGAAGACAUUCUUGCCGAAUAUGGAGUGCGCCCUAAUCCUAACGCCAAUAUCUGUGGCAAUGGCACUGCGGUCGAGGAUCAGUUCGACGCUGAUAUCUGUAAGUCUGUGGACCACACACUCCAGUGCUGUGACCCACGCCAGCCGGAUGUUCAGCUGAACGAGGACUUGACAUUUGAAUGCUACGAUAUCUAG